GGCGUAUGAUAGUGUUUUAUAUCAAUGUCGUGAGCACGAUAUCUGCUUAAAUAAUUCAAUUAUACGUUUUGAACUAUACUAUUAAAUAUAUCAUUUUAAAUUUAUUUUAUAAUGAAGGUUAGAAUAAAUAUUUCACUUAUUUCUAUACUCAUAUCUGUUUAUUUGACAACAUAAACGUAAAUUUUAUUGAUUGGAAAAUGAUUAAUUUUCUAUAUUUUCUAUUCAUAUUCGUAAAAUUUCAAAUAAUACGUUAAUUUUUGGUAAUGAAGUUUAAGUUUAUUGCGAUUCAUAAGAUGUGUUAUAAAUUUAAAAAAAAAUACGAAAAUUAUUGUAUGUGUGAAACAAAGAAUAUGUGCAUCAUAGAAGGGUCUCUGUUUUCGCGGAUGCUUCACGUGACCAGAACAGUCUAUUGAUUCUUGAAGGUAGUGCAUGCGCCCUCGUCCUCGCGAUAUCUGCUGCUAAGGGGGUAUGUGAUACACUGGAAACGCUACUCGAAUUCCGUUCGCCAACAGAAGAGACGUGAAAGGGGGCUAUCAUCGAAUAUAGACGCCAAGAGGUGAACAAGGGAUAGGACAGAAAAGGGGAGCUACACGAUCGUGAAAACUCAGUAACACUUUGUGGGGCGCUUGUGCAUGAUUUGCUUUGAUCGUUAUGGUUAUCGUAGUUUUUAUGAGAAAGUUGCAGUAACACCUUAAGAAGACAUGUGGAUCAUGCUAGGACAAGGAACGAAGUGGUGACCUAAAACUCAUCUUUGGUUCUGACCCUCGAUGCUUACGCUACGGCUGGUGUCGACUCAUUUCCUAAAACAGCCAUAGGCAGUGCCCUUCGCCUUAGAGAAAGGGCUCGAUGCGAUGUGCCGUGAUAGGGACAUGAACCCAAAACUAGUCGAAUUAAGCGAUCUCUUUUUAACGUCGUAUUGGUUAUUAACGUCGCUUUAAAAUUGCUCGAAAGUUCCGUGCGUGUGUCGACGAAAGACUUUUCUUCGCCGGUCCCUUUCUCCUUCGAAAAUUCUAUAUUCACCCGUCCUUAAUUUCCCUAAUCCAUUUAUAUCCUUAUAUAGUUCCUUAUUCCUUGUUUAAAAAAAAUCAUUCGCGUAAGACUAAAGAUUCGUGAUUCGUUAAUCACGAACAUUAACAUCAAGGUCAACGCCUAUAUCAACGACAACAUCGAAAAACGACAAAAUUCUCAAACAGAAAAGAUACAUAUAAAAUAAAUUCAACGAACGAAAUUCUUUAUUUUUCAAAAUUAAGCGAAAAGGUGAUACAUAAGGGAAACGAUCAAUAUAAAAGAAAGUAUUAUUAAAUAAAAUACUUGCUUUUUCACUAUUUAUCUUUUUUGCACUCAAGAAAGACACGCAAAACAAUUUCGAAGAUACUUUUCCAUCAGGUAUAUCUCAUUCACUGGAAAAUCAACUGUGAAGAAGAAUAAAUAGUCAGAAAGUGUAACUCGAAGUAAUAUCCAGGCUGAACUCCAUUUAUUUCAACCUGUGGAAGGUCGCGAGGGAGUGCAUUUGUGGCGGCGGCGGCGGCGGCGGCGGUUCGCGGUGUAGACAAAGUGGGAUGAGACGUCCUCAGCAAGAUCAUCACCAUCUUCACAACAACCACCACCAUCAUCAUCAUUAUUACCAUCAUCAUCAUCACCAUCAUCAUCAUCAUCAUGGACCUUCAACUAGCCCUCCACGAUCUCGACAAGUUCACGACAAGGACGAAUCUCGUUUGGCAAAAGUGAAACGCGUUCUGGCAGUAUCAUUGUUGGGACGUAACGGAGGAUCUUCGAGGAUUUUUGGUACUCGGCUAGAUUCGAUUGAGCCAUAUCUUGAUACAGGUGUACCUUUUGUGGUACAUCGAUUAUGUAAUUAUAUCGAAACUCAUGGCUUUCAAAGUGCCGCCGUAUUUCGUCUCUCCGGUGGAAGUCCAAGAUUGGCAGAAAGAUUGAGGGCUACUUUUGAAAGAAGAGGAGAUGCUGAUUUAGAAGCAGCAGCCUGUCCUUUGACUGCAGCAACGCUUCUUCGGCAAUACCUAAAAGAAUUGCCACAACCUGUCGUACCAUCAACUUUUGUAGCUAGAUUAUUGACCAUUCAUGCCCAGAAUUAUACUAACGAUCAUGACUGUUGGAUUAAUUUAACGAAAGAACUUCUAUCAACUCUACCAUCUUCCCAUUAUCGUUUGCUUGGUUAUUUGGCUCUUUAUCUAAGCAAAUAUGAAGCUAAACAUGGACGUAGCGCCGGUGUUUGUGGUGUAUUCGCCCCUGUGAUUCUACCUCAUGUUCCACCUGCUACCACGCUUCUUCGUGAUAUCUUAGCUGAAGCAUCUACUCUUUUUCCGGACUGCAUCCGUGAUAACGUGGUGAACGGUGUGAUCCCUGCAAGUGAUUGUAAAAUUUGCAAAGAUUCAAAAGACGAACCAAAAGAUUUUGAAGGUGCAUCAUUACUUUGCGCGCUGAAACCGCGCAAACGUAAAGAACGUCACGAAUCGUGUUGUCAAGAACGAAAAUUGAUAAGAAGUAGUAGUGAGGAGCGUGUUCUUGAAAGUCCUGCUGAAACUACAGAUACAAUUAGACGCGUGAGCAGUCACGAAGAUUUUAAUAGCGAAAAACAUUUACAUAUUUUAUCUCAACUUGGACAAGACAUGGGUCAUGGUGUGAGAUGCGGAAGUCUUCCUUUACACGAAAGGACAAAUGUUUCACCUAUAUCCAAGAAAACUCCACCAACUUCUUCACCUUGUGAAACAGUUUUAGAAACAGAAAAAUUUGAAUGUGAUGCUGAAAAAAUAAGAAGUAGCGAACGUUUCAGUCGAAGUAUUACUCCAAGAGGACGAAGACAACCUCGAAGAAGAAGAGUGCAUAAGAUUGUGGAUACAGAAAAUUCUAGUAAGGAAAACGAAGAAGAAGCUGAUAAUAUUUAUAACUUAUCAUCAAAUUCUAAUAGUUGUAAUGGAUCUCCAGCACAAAGUUUUUUGGAAAUGUUGAGCAGCGGACCGAGUCGAUCACCAUCUCCUGCUCGUCCGCCAACAGUUAGUCAUGAAGAUUUAAAUAAUCCCAGUUUAACGAACUGGACUUUUCAACGACAAGAAAAUGAUGAAGCUGUUGAUGCUAGAGUAGAAGCUAUGCUUUCUCCACGAAAUUCGUUAUUACUACCUAGACGUUUUUAUUCUGAAAAUGAAAUGCAACCUAGUGCUCCAAAUAUUGCAGAACUUGGAUUAAAAAAUUUAACUAAAUAUAUAAAUGGUUUGAAAAAAAAAAUAAAGAAAUAUGAAGACGAAUUUGAAGAAAAUUUUGGUUAUCGUCCAAGUCAUUCUGAUAAAAUGAGUAAUAGAGAUAUAAAACGAUUAUGUACAGAAUUAAGUAAAUUGCGAAAAGAGCAUAAGUUAUUAAAAGAAGAUCCAAUUAGUGCAUUAUUAGCUAAUGAAAAUAACAAAACAAAAAUAGCUAAUGAUAGUCCAACAAACAACAAUAAUAGUCAAGAAAAGUCUAGAGCAAUAUCAAUGGAAGAAAUGAUAAAAGAAAUAGAAAAAAAACUAAAUGAAAAGAGAAUAAAAUAUAACAGACCCGAAAAUAUGGAAGAAUUAACUUAUGAACAAUUAAUAGAUGAAAAAACUGCUGUUCAAAAAGCUUUGCUUCAUAUUGAAAAUACUUUUGGAAGACCAGUUUCUAAAGAAGAUAGAGCUAUUGUACGACCUUUAUAUGAUAAAUAUAGAACUUUAAAAAGACUACUUAUUAGAGCAGGCGUGAACAAAAAUAAAGAUAGUAUUUCAGAAUUAGCUACUAUUUUGGAACAUGAAGCAAUGGAUUUUACAUCGUCCAAUUUACCUAAUAAUUCAUCUGAUACAGAAAGAAGAGCUAGUGAACCUGAUAUGUCACAUAGAGGUAUUUUGGAUUGUAUAGAUUCGAUAGAUCAAUUACCAACUGAUAGUGAUAGUCAGCACAGCAGUAGUGAAGGAAGUCGUAGUAACAAUGAAAGUCUUCAUGCAUUACCACAAGAAGAAUUAUUAGUUCAACAAAAAUUAACUAGAGAAGAGAAAAAACGUUUACGACGAGCUUUAAAAGAAUUAGAAGCACAGUUUGAAGCUCGUACUGGUCGUAGAAUGCAAAGAGAAGAUCGUGGUCCGCAAGUUACAACUGUUUACGAAUCAUAUAAACAAGCAAAAGCAAAACUUCGACUAAUUGAUGCUCUUAUAGCUAAAAAUGCUUGAUGCAGUAUCUAAUGGAUGCCUUGAAAUUUACAUCCAAAGAAGUUUGACAUUCAAAAUAUAUGUGCAGUGAUUAUUAUACAAUUGAAAUCUAAUAUGACAUACAGUUAUAAAUAUAACGCUAUUGUAUAAUAGAGAUGUUAAGAAAAAACAUUAAAAAAAAAACUAAAAUUAAAGCAAGACAGAUGAUUUAAACUUAAUAGAAAUCAAAAUAUUUUAUAAAAAGAAUGGAAAUUUAUCUUUGAUUAUAAUACUUUGAUUUUAUAUGUAUAAUUCUAAUUAGUCAACAAUCUGUUUUAAAGAACAUUAAACUGUAUAGAACAUAUUCUAAGCUACAAAAAAUGUACGAUUAAUAUAAAUAUUGCAACUGAAUUAAUUGCAACUGAAUUUAUUCAUUGACAAAUUAAUUUCUUUGUAACUUUGAUAAAAAUAAUUACUGCGUGUAAUAUGAUAUUUGUAACGAAAUAUUUUGAAUAACAAAAAAUUUCGUUAUUACAAUUAUAUAUAUUAUUUUAAUAAGACUUUUCUUAUAUUGGUAACUCAUUGACAUAUUACGAAGUGAUAUCAUACGAUAAUAAAUAAUAAGAUUAGUAUCAAGUUAGUAAUUUGAAAUUUAAACAUUAAUAGUUAGAAAAAAACAGUGGCGUUAUAAACAAUCUGUCGAUUUGCACUCGCAAUUUCCUUCAAAUACUCGUCAAAUUCAUUAAAAUAAGGAAAUGCUUAUUGCUUAUGGUUAUUGUAAACUCUGCCUAUUAUACAAAUAAGAACAUCACAUAACAAGAUAUUAAAAAAAAAAAAAAAAAAAAAAAAAAAAAAAAAAAAAAAAAAAAAAAAAAAAAAAAAAAAAAAAA